AUGAAAAUAGCAGUUACGGACCAAAUGGAUCCGGGCCCUUUGCGCGUCUUACAAAAGAAACGAACCACUAAUUUCCGUGAAGACGAAACCAAACUGUUAAUACAACUAUGGGGCAGUCCGCAAAUACAAAACAAACUCUACCUCACACAUCGAAAAGCCCCCGUUAUGAGGCUUUUGGCUGCCAAUAUGCAACAUCGUGGAUUUUACAGAACCCCCGAUGAGAUCAAAACGAGACUGAGGAACCUGAAAUGCUUGUACCACCGAAUUAAGAGGUCUGUGCAGACUGGAGUAGGCAGAGGAACAGUCGAUCCUGAUUGGCCACAUUACAAAGCCAUGGACGAGAUUCUUAGCAAAAAGAAGCACAGCAGACCCCAGGACAUCUACAAGGAUGGCAACAUCUUCGAAGGUCCAAGAUGUGAGGAUAUCAAGCAGGAGAUCAUCGAUGAGGAGCUCGAUAUCAACGAUGAUAUGGAUUCAUACACCACCAACAGCCUUGGGGGGUCCGAAGUUGAUGCGGAAUUCGAUGAGGAAGCUGUCCAUGUGCCACCUUUAUCAGCCGUACAAGCUGUACUUUCUCCCGAGAAACCGAAAGAUAUUGGUUUCACACCGAUCAAAAUCGCGCCAAAACCAAUACAAAACCAGCCCAAGCCUGCCACUCCCAGUCCAACAACAAAUAUUCAGAUCCCCUUGAAAACUAAUGCGUCUGGAACGCCAUCUAUACCUUUCCCUUUGCUGAUUUUGAACGGACUACCUAAUCAGAAUCUGCAAGUCAACCAACUCAAGAAAGACGAUAGUAGUCCAAAUAAACAAGACGAUGUACCUGCCCUUCUAAAAGGUCUUAUCGAGAUUCAAAAAGAGAACCUAGAAGUCCAAAGACAGCGACUAGAAAUCGACAAAGAAAAGCUUGACUUCCAACGGCUCGUUGGGACCCAACUACUCACAUUUCUGCCUCUUUUCGGAAGUCUGGUCCACAAGCUCACCUUUCCAAACAAAACCGAAGAUGAAGAAAGUGACGAGAAACAAGGGAAGAAUGGAAAGAAACGACCUCAUCCCGACAGCGGGCUUGAUAUACUUAAAGACAGUAAAAUACUGCGAAGUGUGUUAGAAGAAGGUAUUAAAAAGUACAUGAUGGGGGACAAUAGUGAAAAGAAUGAUAAUGACAUUAAAGUAGAGGAUGAAAGUGAUGAUAAGUGA